UUAAUCGCAAUGAACACCAUAUUUACGGCUAUCGCAGUGCUGGCCAGCCUGUUCCUCUUUUUUUCGAAGGCCGAAUCCGCUCAACUGCUCUUCGAAGACUGUGAUAUUGCAGGACAAUACCCCAAACAACAACCUGGUCCCUGGACAGCCCUUUUGCAUAGAAGUUCUGAUGGAGAACAGAGUACAGUCGUUUGUGCCGGAACGCUUAUCUCAAAAAUGUUUAUUCUGACUGCUGCGCAUUGCAUUAAAGCUAACCAUAUCGUAAAGGUUCGCUUGGGGCAGUUUGGCAGACUAAACAAAAAUGAGCACCCCCAAGACCAUUCCGUGAGCAUUUCUCUAAGGUUUCGUUACUUCGACAAAGACUCGAAGAAAAAUGACAUCGGCCUGCUGCAAUUGACCGACCCCGUGGUGUUCAAACCAUACAUACGGCCAAUCUGCAUUGAUGUGCACUCGAACGAGGCCCCUACAUUUAAUGAUUUCGUCGGAAAUGCCUGGAAAAACUAUGAGGUCGACUACUUAGCUAAGGAGCUCGGCACCAUUUCCAUUGGCAUCAAGCCGCAGCUGUCCUGCCCAGAACUACAUAACGAAAGCCAGUUCUGUGCUGGUUCCUUGGAUGAAUUGGAUACCUGCGAUGGACUCGCCGGCUCAGCCCUGAUCCGCAACAAUACGGGAAAAAUUUUUCAGUACGGCAUCGCGACUUCGGACUUUAUGGAAUGCGGCAAAGCGCAACAAUACACCAAUGUGUCGAUGUUCUACUCGUGGAUCGAUGAUAUUGUGACACUUUUCGAACAUAAUAAUUAUAGACCGAAAAGAAGCUCUUUUUCAGAUGCCAGUAACAUGCGCCUUGUACAAUGAGAAAAUAUUUUCGGAAGGAAGAUAAUACCUUCUAGAAUCCACGUCUCUUCUUUGCAAUAAUAAAAAGUAAUUGGCUUUGAAUUUCAUCUUCUAAAAUAAAAAUAAAAUGUUUACUACUUUGGAAAUUUUAAACAUAAAUGUAUUAAGUGAAUCAUACAUGAAUCGUACUUCAGGCGGCCUUUGUAUCAGUUGCUGAUCUUUGGCAUUAUAAAUAAAUACACAAUAAAUAUUUUUCAACUGUA